AUGAAUUGUUGCGGUUUUACUUUGGGAAAAAUGAAUUGCGUUGUAUUUGGGAUAGUUUUGUCACUUGUCCUUGAAGUGACUUACGUGAGUACAUCUGGAUUCUUAUGGAAUCUACCGAAACCAAAUAUUCUUUUGAUUUUAACGGAUGAUCAAGACGUUGUACUACACGGCCUUACUCCUAUGCAUAAUGUCCAGCAAUUAAUUGGAUCAAUGGGAGUCACAUUUUCAAAUGCGUUUGCAAGCUCACCUAUUUGCUGUCCUUCGAGAGCCUCUAUUCUAAGUGGAAUGUAUGCACAUAAUCAUCGAACAGUAAAUAACUCUUUGUCUGGUGGAUGUUAUGGUUCUUAUUGGAGAAAGAAGGUCGAACCGAAGGUUCUGCCUGUUGUUAUGCAGCAGAGUGGCUAUGAUACUUUUUUCGCUGGGAAGUAUUUGAAUGAAUAUUCAGGAAGAAAUGUGCCCCCCGGAUGGAGAGAGUUUCACGGAUUACAGGGUAACUCAAGGUACUAUAACUAUAGUCUCAACGAAAAUGGACGGAUGAAUUCGUACAGCGAUAGGUAUCUCACAGAUUUGAUCACCGAAAAGACUAUUGCUUUCUUAGAAGAACGCAAGGUUGGGAUGAGACCAUUUUUUGCAAUGAUAGCACCACCAGCACCACAUGCACCAUUUACUCCUGCUCCGAGACAUCGGAAUGCGUUCGCUGGAUUAAAAACACCGAGAACAGCUAACUUUAAUGUGAUUUCUGGAAAUUUAGAUAAGCACUGGUUGGUGGCAUUUAGCCAAAAGAUGUCCACUAGAUUGGUAAGUACUUUAGAUGUAUAUUACCAAAAACGUUGGGAAUCGUUACUAGCGGUGGAUGAAAUGGUUGGGAGUAUUGUAAAUUCGCUUAACCAAACCGGAGAGUUGGAUAACACUUAUAUUAUUUUCACUUCUGACAAUGGGUAUCAUCUUGGCCAGUUCGCCCAGCCAUUUGACAAGAGACAACCGUACGAGACGGAUAUUAGAGUGCCAUUCCUUGUGAGAGGCCCAAAUGUUCCCAAAAAGUCAAUUGUUUCGGCUCCAAUAAGUUUGAUCGACCUGGUACCUACAAUAUACGAGUGGACGGGAAUAAUACCGAGGGGAAACGAAGAUGGCAUAUCCUUUCACGCAUAUUUAAUGAACCCAAAGUACAAUCCUCUGUUUGAUAGAGGAUUUCAUCGUGAAAUUCUUAUUCAACACUGGGGGGAAGGCAAUGACCAAACAUUUAAUUAUCAAUGUCCGUGGAAAAAAUCGGAUGGUUUAUCUGAAUGCACUUUGGAUGCAGAUUGUCACUGUCAGGAUUCGAGGAAUAACACGUAUGCCUGUAUACGACAUUUUAGAUUUGGUACUAAUAAACUUUAUUGUGAGUUUCAGGAUCAUGAGCAAUUCGUUGAAGCUUACGAUCUGGAUGAAGAUCCAUACCAAAUGGAAAAUCUUGGAUACGAGAUGUUGCCAAUUGAAAGAGCACUCUAUAGCCUUGCGUUACAUAAUUUAACAACUUGUGUUGGUAGUUCGUGUAGAAUAGUGAAUCUUUAAGAAUAAUUCUGUUUCUAUUCUCAAUUAAAUAAAAGCUGUAUAUGUAUUUGCAAUUAA